CCCCCCGCCUCCCGCCGCGCUCCCUCGCUCUCUCGAAUGUUUUCCUUCCUGGAAGAGAGAAACUGAAAGGCAGAACUGAGAAAGCGCUUUGCUCAUUGAUCUUGAGAGUUUCAGUGCAGAAACUGACGUGAAUUCCCAGCACUGAGCUCAGCCUCUUAAAGGAGCCACCAGGAAAUAAAAGCUCGGGUUACAGCCCGGCAUCGGGGAAAUAAAAGCCGGCGGGGGAGGGGCGGGCGAGGAAACCGGGGCGCGGGCCGAGCUGCGCGGGGCGCACAGGUCCGCCACCCCCAGGGGACGCCCCCGCGCGUGCGCCCGCGACCCUCGCGCCCCCCUGCGGGCCGAGCUGGGGCUCCCUGGCCCGAGGAAGACACCUUUAAAGAACGUUACACCGAGGCCCCAGAAACCGCAAAACAGGAUUGGUCACUUCCCUACCUGAAUUGGCCAACAUUAUAAAUGAGCUCCAUGCUGGUACAGACACAACCAGGGAUAAAGAUUCAACAGCUGGUGUAGCCCAGACCUAUGGGUCAGAGUCAACCGGGAGCAUAUUCCAGGGGGACACACAGACUCUCAACCCACUUGUGGACCAAGAUUCAACAGCUGGUGUAGCCCAGACCUAUGGACCAGAAUCAACUGGGAACAUAUUCCAGGAGGACACACAGACUUUCAAAUUCUCUACUGCCUCGGUGUUGGACAUGUCCCCCUUUGACUCUGUGGAAGAAACCAGUGAGGCUACAGACUCAGGAGCAGCUCCAGAGCCUCCUGCAAGAUGCUGGUGGUCCUGCUGACAGCGGCCCUGCUGGCCUUGAGCUCUGUUCAGAGCUCCAAUGAAGAGGUCAUCUAUGACCAGUCUUCCACUGAUAUAGCAGAGGAACAAAGUCAGAGUGGUGAUCAGCAUCCACAAAGACCACCUCUUGGAGGACGGCCACCUAAACCACCCCCGGAGGAAGAGGAUGAAGACCAAGACCGAGACGAAGACCAAGAUGAAGACGAUGGUUCACAGGAUGAACCACCCCAAGAAGGAGACCAGCAGCAGCCUCCUCC